AUGCGGCGGUUCAUAGGUACAGGCGGCGAUUUCCAUUCAUGGCCGUCGUUGAUCGACUCUCUCUCCUCUCUCCUCAAGAAAACUCCGACCAACUCCCAUCUACGCGACGCCACAAGAUUACACGCUCUCCUCCUCGUCGGAGGUAUCCUCAGCCCAAACGCCGCCGUAUCUGCCCACGUCGGUUCCCGCCUGGUGGAAGUCUACGCUCAUUUAGGCGAUUUGAAACAAGCCUUGCUCGUAUUCGGCAGAAUCCAUUGCACCCAAAACAUCGCCUGUAAUGCAAUUCUCCGAGUGUAUCUGGACUCAUCUCAGUUUUCUCAAGCAAUUCAUUUCUUCAAUCACUUGGUUUCCAAGCUGGGUUUUUUACCCGAUAACUACACGUGCCCUCUUGUCUUAAAGGCUUGUUCUGGACUGUGUUCACUCGAAGAUGGUAGAAAGGUGCUCGAUUUGAUCCGUUCCGCCGAGUUUCGUAACGACUUCAAGCCGAAUGCCUACACGAAAUGCGCUGCUAUAGAUAUGUUUGCGAAAUGCGGAAGCUUGAAUGAUGCCCGGAAGGUGUUCGAUGAUAUGUCUGAGAGGGAAAGGGACUUGGCUUCUUGGACUGCUAUAAUAUGUGGGACGAUUCACAUGGGGAAAGGGAUUGAAGCGCUGUAUUUGUUCAAUACGAUGAGACUUGAAGGCAAGCAGCCGGAUUCAGUUGUUAUGGCUGCUCUUCUUCCGGCUUGCGGACGAUUAGAAGCGAGAAAAACGGGAAUGUCUCUUCAAGGCUGUGCUCUGAAGAGUGGCUUCCUUCGCGAUUUGUUCGUUUCUAAUGCUCUCGUGGAUAUGUACUGUAAAUUUGGGGAUACCGAUGAAGCUUAUAGUGUGUUUUGUGGGAUGCUUUGUAAAGAUGAUGUUUCUUGGAGAACGUUAAUAGCUGGUUAUUCGCAGAAUUCUCAAUAUAAGAAGAGCUUGGAGCUCUACUUAGAGAUGAUAAACGUCGGUGUAAAACCUAGUGCGGUUGUUAUAGCAAGUGUUCUUCCUGCAAUCGGUAAGUUGAACUUGUCGGAACAGGGGAAAGUGAUGCACGGCUUUGUCCUAAAACGAGGAUUCGACUUUGAUGUUGUCGUUGCAAGUGCGCUGAUGGACAUGUACUCGAAUUGUGGCUUGAUUUCCGAAACGGGAAUUCUUUUAAGCUUAUGGUUGGAUUGGGACAUCAUGAUUUGGAACUCAGCGAUUUCAGGAUAUGCUAUUAGCGAAAAUCAAGAUUCGGCUCUCGGCGCCUUUCGGCAGAUGUGUAAAUCUAGAUUUAAACCGAAUUCCGUCACUUUGUUGAGCAUUAUCCCGAUAUGUACAAAAACAGGGGCACUUAAACACGGCAUAGAAGUUCAUUGCCAUGCGAUUAGAAACGGGCUCGUAACAUAUGUUUCGGUCAGCAAUUCUCUUAUCGACAUGUACUGUAAAUGUGGAUACCUUAGACUCGGACUAAAGCUCUUCGAUCACAUGAAGGAAAAAGAUAUCGUUUCUUACAACACACUUAUUUCCGCGUAUGGCUUCCACGGGUAUGGAAACAAAGCAUUACUCCUCUUCGACGAAAUGAAAUCUUUAUCGAUAACGCCUACUAAGUCAACUUUCAUCGGACUUUUGUCUGCUUGUAGUCACGCGGGUCUAGUUAACAACGGUUGGUCCAUUUACCGUUCGAUGAUUAACGAUUAUGGUAUAAACCCUAAUAUGGAACACUAUACAUGCAUGGUGGACAUGCUUGGUAGAGCGGGGCUUAUUACCGACGCGUGCAACUUCGUUAGAACGAUGCCUGAUGAACCGGAUUGUAAUGUACUAGGUUGUUUGCUUGCUGCUUGUCGGAAUCACAACGUGGAGGGCCCGGCGGAUCUUCUUGGUGACGAAAUUCUACAAGAUAAGUUUGGAGAUUCGGGAUACCAUGUACUAAUGUCCAAUAUAUAUGCGUCGGGUGAGAAAUGGAAAGAUGCGUCGAGGGCGAGAUCGUUGAUAAAGGAGAAGGGGUUGAGAAAAAAACCGGGGAAUAGUUGGAUACAGAUAGGUAAUUGCACUCAUGUAUUUGAUGCUAGAGAUACAUCACAUUUAGAGUUUUAUAAAAUAGAAGAAAUCUUGGAGAUGUUGUUUGCAGAGAUGAAGGGGUGUUGUGUGGUUGAUCCAUGUCUCUCUCUCCCUUAA